UGAACAAGUGAGUUUAGUAGUGCGGCUGUUGAAAAUUAAAAAGCCGCGUAAUUCGUGAAAAAACCUGAAAAAAAUCUAAAGAAAAGUUUCAAUAUAUUGUUAUUUGAGUUGUUUGCUUUACGAUGGCUACUCCAGCACCGGAAGGGAUAGAUGUCACGGAUCUAAAAUUUAAACUCCAGAGUAAAGUGCUAAUUUUCAAAGGCAAUGGCAAUGUUAGCGAUAAUUGCAACUUGCUCGCAUCAGCAAGUGUUUACGGUUUGAUUUUUGCUGGAACGACAGAAACGCAGCUAAAAGUUCUGCAGCUUAAGGAUAUCACUGGAGAACGGGUUUUUGAUACUCCUGUUCCACUACGAACUGUUCCGUUGCCCAGUGAACCAUUCCAGAUUUCAAUAAGUAGUGAUAACGGGUUUUUAGCAAUCGAUGUAAUAAGUAACGGUGUUCCGUUCAUUUACAUCUAUUCAGUCCCCUCUUUUCUCACUGCUUCCGUUGUUAAACUUCAUGAAAUAAGAACGUCUCCUGAAGUAGGGGUCAGAAGUACUCAAAUACUAUGGAAUCCAGUAAUUCAUAACAUGUUUUCAGUACGUACUGACAACAGCGCACUUUCCGUGUAUACACUAAAGGAACCAACAGGAAUAGAAUUUCAUUCACUGGAUAAAAAUGAAGGAGCUACUUGUGCUUGUUGGAGCCCAAAAGGAAAACAGUUAGUGGUUGGUUUUCUCAAUGGAAAGCUGAUGCAAUUCAAGCCGGAUCUAAAAGUUGCUAGAACUAUUAUUUGUCCAACUGAAGUCUUGGGAGGUGCGUUCGAUGUGAUCGCGUUACAGUGGUUAUCAACUUAUCAGUUUGCCGCUGUAUUUUUGCCACACGCAGAAGAUAGUGUCCCAUCAUUGUUCAUCGUAAAUGCGCCUAAACUAGGAAACCCUGUUUUUAUCAAUUAUGACGAUAUUUGUUACAGUCAAAGUGUACCUCGUAAAGGUCAAGUGUUCUUGCAACACAUUAUGCAGUGGAAUAUUUUGCUGAUGGCUUCUGCAAACAGUAUGGAGGUUGGAAUUUUAGGAACAACAGAAACCGGAGAAACACCAACGUGGUAUCAAUGGACAACAACCGAUGAAGCUCGAGCAGAGCUCCCUCUUUCAUCAGAUAAACAGGAAACAUUUCCUGUUGGGUUAGCUUUGGAGACGGGUUGUACGCAUGAAGUUACCAUCGGAGAACAAACGUUUCCCGUUAUGCCAAUGAUUCACAUGUUAUCUACAUAUGGGUUUCUGGUAUCAUUCAAUGUUCUCAAUACCACUCCAAAUGUUCCGAAUAUCUGUUCGCCUCCAAAACCUAUUGUUGAUACAUCAGGAAAGUUUGACAAAGUUGACAUUAACAAACAAUCUAUCGUACUUGCUCCGACUGCACCACACUCACAACCUUCUGAUAUAUCAUUUGUUCUUCCCGCUGGAGCAACGUCUACACCAGCUGUAUUGAAAACAAAAUCAUUCUUCAGUCCCAGCGAAACAAAGACAUCUGCAAAUCUUUUUGGAGCUACAGCAUCUGCUGUGGCUCCAACAGCAGUUCUACCUUCUUUCGGAAAACAAAUUACUUUCGGUGGAGCUCCGGCCGUAGAAGCGAAAAGCAGUGCUAUUGGAAGUAUUCCUCCAUCAUUUGGAGUGCCACCGCAAAGUUUCACGAUGCCUCAAACCCAAUCUUCUCUGCUGAAAACAUCCCUCAAUCAAUUGCAAAAACCUUCAGAAGCUUCAAAACCACUCAUAACCGUCCCUCCAAUUUACACACCACCUCCUGUAGAUAGUGAAAAUUCUGGUUCUACUCAAUCCGGAGGUAUGUCACAGCAAGCUCAACAGAAACCCGCUUACAAAAAGCCAGAAGCUUCGGACGAUAACAAUUUUAUAAUACAGUCGAUGAUAGAAGAAGAAAUGCAUAAAUUUGAAGCAGAGCUUACAAAUCUGAAAUAUCGUUGUAAAUCAUUGUCCACCUCCGUAGGCUCUAAGGAUGAUUCAGCUGCUAUAGUGAAAAAUCUCAAAGAAUUGCAGGAUCUAAGCGUUCAAGCUACAGAAAGUACUGACUCACUUACUUCGGAUGUACAAGCUCUUCGUUUAAGUUUAAAUGAGGCGUUUGCGAUGGUAGCAGAAGCCAACAGUAAGAAUUCCAUCUAUAAGCACCCUAGUCCAAAUCAAUUUCAAGAAACACAUGCUAUGUCCCAGUCGAGUCGGCGACAACUUGCCAGUCUUCAAAACCAGUUAACUACAAACAGCAACCAAUUACAGAUCGUGAAUAAACAAGUCGAUGCUCAAUGGUCAAGUUUCCAAGAAGCGAGCAAGGUGAAUUCGAAACGUCGAAUGCAUGUUCCUAGUUUAGAGGUACUGUAUCAGACGCUUUCUAAGCAACAAGAAAUUCUUAACCGACAACGGGAAAAACUAAGCUAUAUUAAGGGACGACUCGGUAUGCGUGAGAGCAUUCGGGGACUUGAAAAAGGACACCGAAAAGAUUUGCCUUUCGCGGGGGAAAGUGGAACACCUGUUAUUGAUUCUUUAACUGAUUCUAUUAUUUCUAUGACACUCGCCGACAAAGUACGUGAAGACGCUCGACAUUUGACCGAGCCUAAAAUGAGUGCCCUCAGAACUAUGCUCAGAAAUAGAAGAAUCGUUAUCAUAAAACCUGGAAGACCGGAUCGUGUAGGUCUCAGUUCCGAGGUUGUGAGGGAACGGCGAAACGAAGUACGUCGUGUAAAUUUGGAAAAGGUUAAAUUGAAACCAGAAACUGUUUCGGUGCUUCCACCGACGGUAGCCGCGCAUGAUAGCAGUGAAAAGUCCAAACUGAAAACAAAACAAUGCCAGCAAUCAACUGAUUCAGUAAAAUUCAUGCCUGUAUCUAACUCAGAAACGUCCAAGGUUUUUGAAUUACCCAAAGCUACGGCACUGCCAUCCUUUACACCCAAGCCAUCAGCGGGGACAUCGGUUACCAAUCGCCCGGUUGCGCCUUCGCCCACAAUGGCUGGAGCAUUCAGUUUUGCACCUCCAGCGUCGGCAACAGUAGUGCCAGUUGCACCAUCAACGAUAUCGAGCAAAGUUGCGCCGGUAAUGUUCAAUCCUCCGAUAACUGCUAGUGGUAGCGUAGCGCCUGUUUUUAGUUUCGGACAAACGUCUACGAACUUCGGUAUGCCAGCUCAUUCUAAAGAGGAUACAACAAAUAAAGAAUCGUUGCUGUUCGGUAACACAACGAUAAAGCAUAUUCAAGCACCAUUCGAAGCAAUAAAUAAUACAGCAAUUGCGAAACCGGAGCCAGACUCGUCAAAAUCAGCUACGCUUGCUAAUUUACCUAACACCACUAUUCAAGCAAUUGUCAAAGUGGAUGAAUCAUCGGCAGAACCGGAUUCUGUUGCCAAACCCGUAUUAACUUUUGGAUCGACUUUCAAUAAGCCGUCAACGUUUUCCUUCGGAUCCACUAUUAGCGGUCCACUUAGCUUUGGCUCACCUCAAUUGGUGGCACAAGGAACGACAUCAAUCACUCCUGUUUUAAAUCUUACUAAAGCAAAAGAGGAAGACACAAAGAAAGAAAGAAAGGUUACAGAAGAGUUGAAUAAGGACGUUCCAUCAAAACCCAGUAACGGAUCCGAACAAGUAGGAGCUGCAGCUGCUUUUCCCGCUCUAACAAGCCUCUUAAAAAAAGUUGAACCAUCUGUAAUGGAAACAACUAAAACUUCUUUAAGUUCGUUUGGUACCACCAUUACGAAAACUACAGUUUCCAAUAAUCCCAACGCCGCGAUUACUACAUCCUCUAGUAACAUUGGGCUUUUUGGAAGCAUCAAAAAUUCUAUAGCUCCAACUUCUAUAGAGGAUUCAGCUUCUACGAUUUCUAAUGCAUCGAGUACGACAACAACAACAGCAGCAACAGUAGUAUCAUCUACAAGCAAUACGCCUAGUGUAUUUGGAUCUUUAAAACUACCAACAAUUACAAGUUCUGCUGGAGGAUUUACUUUUGGGGGCUUUGGUUCUAUAACGAAACCUGCUGAUUUAUCCACUAAAUCGGAUCCUCCGAAAUCUGAACCAGUUUUCGUGUCCAGUACAGGCACCUCCAGUUUUGCUUCCAUCCCUACUACUACUGCAGCAAUCACAACUCUUAAAACAUCAACGGUAGCUACAACUAGUCCUGCAACUACUUCAAGUUUUUCGUUUGGAUCUGUGUUAUCACCUAUUGCAGUGUCUGCAUCUCCAAAGGAGUCAUCUGUUUCUGUAUCGAAUACAGCUAGUAUGCAGACGACUGGCACGGACUCCUCCGCAAAUCUUUUUGGAUCAUUUAAUAUUUGCUCGCCUACAGUAGCAGCCACUGCAAAACCGCAAUCGUCUAAUAUUUUUGGUAGUGCAGCUUUCUCCGUCCCUAAAACUGAAACCAGCAAUAUUUUUGGAGAAAAUGCUUCCUCUGUUGCUGUGAACACACCAUUCGGUGCCACUCCUGCUGAAGUGCCCAAGUCGGUUAGCAAUAUGUUUGGUGCAGUUUCUAUUGCUGCGACAACUAGCAGCGAGACCAGCGGAUUGUUUGGAUCGGUUGCAACAACCAGCACCAGCGGAUUGAUCUUCGGAGCUAGUUCAACAACCUCGAGUUCUCCGUUCAGUGCCACGGCAGCUCCAACGAAUACCUUGUUCGGGUCAGUCGCUUCAACUGAAGGACUCACUGGUGCAACUCAAGGUUCCGUUUUUGGUAGUGCAACAAAUACGCAGUCAGUGGCAAGCCCCUUCGGAGCAACUGCAGCACCGACAGCUACUACAUCUUCCGGAAUAUUUGGAAGCAGUGCUGCUGUGUCCAGUAGCAGUCCAUUUGGUUCAAUAGUAGCAAGUCCAGCAGCAGGCGGAUCCAUGUUUGGAUCAUCAUCGUUCAGUACUGGCAAUGCUCAAAGUACGGGGAAUAUUUUUGGCAGCGCUGCCGCGGCAGGUUCUGGUUUCGGUUCAUCUGCUUUUGGACAACCUAGCUCCCCUCAAUCGGGUCAAUCCAUUUUCGGAGGAUCUACCUCAACUCCUUUCGGCAGCAGCAGUUUUGUUGGAUCUCCCGGUGGUGCAUUCAGUCAACCUUCUAGUGGAAGUGUAGCUCAGGCUGGUUUUGGCUCUUCGACUCCAUCUGCUUUCAAUAAACCCACAUUUGGUGGUGGAGCUACAUUCGGCAAUUCACCCGCAUUCGGCGGUGCACCAACCUUCGGCGGUGCACCAACGUUCGGAAGUCCACCAGCUUUUGGCAGUAAGCCGGCUUUUGGUACCAGUACUGUAGGCUUUGGCCAAGCUUCCCUGAGCCCAUCAACACAGUCUAACAACCUAUUCGAACAGCUUGGUUCGUCAUCAUCAGGCAUUUCUUUUGGAAAUCUUGCUCAGCAGCAAUCCCAGAAAUCACCACAAUUUGGCGGAUCAUCGUUUUCCAGCUGGCGGUCUUAGGAUAAGCAAGUAAGGUAAAGAUAUAACUAUGUUAAUCGUGUUAUCAAAAACAGUGACAUUGUGCUUAUAUGUGACGUCUUAUAACGAAAAAAAAAAUCUAUUUCAUAUGGUUAAUAUUCAUCACGAAUUUCACUUAUCCGACGGACAUGUUUGCUUUCUAGAUCCACUUUUCUUUCUAUCUUAAAUCUUCAAAUUCUUUUCUAUUUUUUUGAUCAAUUAUUUAAAAGUUGAUCAUGAUAGUAACUGAGAAAAUUUUUUUAUUAUUCCAAAAACGGCAAAAAAUGCACUAUGAACCUUUUUUUUUUAAAUCAUCAGAUCACUAUUUCUAUAUUUUAAUCAAAAAUGUUUUUAGUGAACGUUUUUCAAUUUUAAGAUGUGUAUUGGUUGUUUAACUGUACUGAAGACACCAUGUUAACGGAACAAGCCAAAAUAUAAUUUUUAAGUUCAUUAGUGCUAUUGGGGACUAGAAAAAUAUCUUGCUUUUUACUCCUCACAUAGAUUUCAGUAAGAUCUAUUAAAUUUAGGUGCGCAGUUUACUCAGUUAGUCUGGAUUAUGCCAGAUAAAUCUGGAUUAUGCCAGAUUUUUGAUUGACUGCUGGCCAACAGAUAAAACUCAAAAUCAUCCAGAUUUUAAACAAUGAGCCAAAAUUCGUUCGCAUUGUCUUGCAAAAAGGCCGUAACUUUCAACUUUGUACAAGACUUUGCAGAUUUGUCACAUAAAAAUGUUACAUACCUCAAAAAAUUUGUCCUGAAGAAAAUUUUAUUUGAAACCUAGUGACGAUCCCGGUCAUAUACAUUUACAUUAUCGGCUGGUUUAAUUCAAUCUACUCCUAUACCUACUUUUAUUUCGUUCAGAAAUUAAGUGUAUUUUAUCUUAUCUCAAAUAUUUAAACUUUUGCGUUUACAUAACAAAUCAUGACUGAAACUAAGGUAAAAGAUUAAUCUUUUCGUUAUAUAAGGUAUCGAACUAUUUCAUUCGCGGUUUUGUUCAACAGGUUUUUUUUACAAAAUUCUUAUGCAAAACCUGCCGACGACAACCGCUGCUGAAGUAGUUCGUUCGAUACAUUAUUGUUUUACAUACUAACCUCAAUUCAUUCAAAUUUUAGAUACUAACGAAGCGAACUUAUGCAAAACAUCCAUUAGACACUUGCUUUAUUUAACCUUUUUUUUUAAAUAUACAGUUAAACUAAAAAUACUAAGGUUUAAAUAAAUGAGGCACUUCGAAUACUCACUAUAAAGAAGAGCUAUAGGUACCUAGAAGAAAAUUCAGAUCAUAAUAAUUUCUGGAUUGUCUUCGGAUAAACAUAUCUCAGUUUACGUAUCGCCAAAUCCUAAAGAUUUUUUUAUAAGAGUCAUCUUUAAAGACGGCGUUUCGAAAAAGCAAUCGUGAUCUUAUAUAAAGUAUUCAUAAUGUAAAAUGAAAAUACUACAAGGUAUACAGCCCUGGGGUUGUAUGAAAUAGUGACAUGGGACUGUAAUUAGGGGAUUUUUUGUUACAAAAUAUACAGAGUCCGCAGACAGAAUCAAUGUGUUUGCUCGGUGACUUACGUAUUUUUAUUUUCAGCCUUCCCUGGAAAUUUAUUUUUAGAAAUAUAUUCAACAACACUCAAAAGAAUUUCGUUUAUACCUAUAUUUGACGAUAUUAUGUCUGUAGUAUUUUUUUGUGCAAACAACAUGUAUUUGAAAAAGCCUAUCGUUCUUGUUUAAGAAGCACCAAGGAUUUCUCAUAAUGCGUCAAAGUCAGAAUUAACUCUAUAUCCUCAAAAACCAAAUGCAAUAAUACUUACGUUAUCAUAAUGAAUGGUAUGAAACCGCGUAAAAAAGUCUAAAUUGAGUUGAAACAGUAAUGUCGAUAACCGUUCGAAUGUAUUUGAACUUUGUUUGAAUAAGAUAGUGGUCAGUCCAAAGGCCAAAAUGCAAUAUUUUAAAUUUUCAGGGGUUACACCAAAAACUGAGUUUUUUAAGAAUAUAUGAUUACGUUUGGCCUAAAAAGGAAAACGUGAUUGGAAUGAGGUCGAAAUUUGUACCGUUUGUGAGUAAUGGGAAAAAGCAGCCCGCGUAAAAAACGUGUUGAAAGCAACUUUAGUGUAUUUUUCUGAAUAUAUCUCAAAAAUAGAUACUGUAUAACCUAAGAACAAUGCAAGCAAUAUUAACAUGGCAUGGCGGACAGUGAAUCUUUCUUUAUCAAGGCUUGAUAGUCUUAUCAAUGCUGUAGUACGUAAUAACUUCAAAAGCCAAAUAUAUUUAUUUUAUCACAAUUAUCUGCUAACGUUGAACGUAAAACAGUUCAGUUAUCGGUAUGUCAUGUAUAUCCAAUGUUGUGGUCACAGCCACUUAACAUUGCCGUCACUACCUAAACUAACCAAUCCAUUAGCAAUUAAUCGCAAGGCUUUGGGAAAAGCAAUAUGCUCUGCCUGGUGAAUUCUGUCCGUUAGAAUCUCUUCGGUGUCUCCGGGUAGAAUCGGCACUCGUUCUUGCAGAAUUAUUGCUCCCGUAUCAACUCCUUCAUCCACAUAAUGCACUGUGCAUCCAGAUUCCGAGUCACCUGCAUCUAAAGCCUGGCGCUGUGCAUGGAUUCCUUUGUGCUUCGGUAACAAUGCCGGAUGAAUAUUAAUUAGUCGACCUUUCCAUUUUUUGACAAAUCCUUCCGACAAAAUUCUCAUGAAACCAGCUAAGCAAACCAAAUCUAUGCGUUGCUUCUCGAGUUCCUCGGACAUGGCGGCAUCGAACAGUUCCCUGGUAGGAUAAUUUCUGUGGAGGAUUACCUUCGACGCAAUUCCGGCCUUUGAUGCUCGCUCUAAUCCGAAAACACCACUUUUGUUCGAAAUAACAUACACAACUUC